AUGAUCACUCAACAGGGCCGACACGCCCAGGAGUUCGACUUCUUUGGUCCGUACCUGGGUCCCAUAGGCAUCACCCUUGGACUUCCAGUCGUCUGCUACCUCCUGUACUUUAGCUGCGGGCCUGAGUAUUGCUUCAGCCUCAAGCAUCCGGCCCUCCCCGGCCUCACCUCCUCCACACCAAUUUUCAGCUGGCGAGCCCUGGGGGUGUACCUAGGCUGGCUUGCGUUUCAGGUGUUACUGCACCUCCUACUGCCUGGCAAGCACGUCCAAGGAGUGCCCCUGGCCAAUGGCGAGCGCCUCCUCUACAAGUUCACCGGUAUGCAGAACCUGGUGGUAACUCUCGCCCUCGUCUUUGGCCUGGGCUUCGCCACCGACGUGCUGAACCUGGGCUGGGUGUACGACAACUACCUCCCCCUGUUCACUGCCAGCCUGAUCGUGAGCGUGCUGGGCUCGGUGGCCCUAUUUGCGGCCUCCCACAGCCCGUGGCGGGAGCGGCCGCCCCUGCUGGCCGCGGGGGGGGACACUGGGUACCACAUCUAUGACUUCUUCAUUGGCCGCGAGCUGAACCCCCGGAUCGGGAGCCUCGACCUCAAGGAGUUCUGCGAGCUCAUCCCGGGGCUGAUCGGGUGGCUGGUCAUCGAUCUGGCCUGCGCACACAAGCAGCUGCAGGAGCAGGGGUCUGUGUCCGUGCCCAUGGCCCUCGUCUGCGCGUUCCAGGGCCUGUAUGUCUGGGACGCCCUGUACCACGAACCCGCCAUCCUUACCACCAUGGACAUUGUGUCGGACGGCUUUGGCUUCAUGUUGGCCUUUGGCGACACCUCGCUGGUCCCCUUCACCUACAGCCUCCAGGCGCGCCUCCUGGUCAGCCGCGGGCCCAUGCUGGGCGCGCUGAGCAUCGCAGGCCUGAUCGCGCUGAAGGGGCUGGGGUACGCCACCUUCCGCGGCUCCAACAGCCAGAAGGACCAGUUCCGGCGCGACCCAGGGCACGCCAGCGUGGCGCACCUCUCCAGCCUGCCCACGGAGCGGGGCACGCGCCUCUUGACCUCGGGGUGGUGGGGCCUGUCCCGGCAUCCCAACUACCUGGGGGACUGGCUCAUGGCUUGGGCCUGGUGCCUGCCCACUGGGAGUGCGGCAGGGCUGGUGCCCUACUACUACGUAAUCUACUUUGCGGCGCUGCUGGUGCACCGAGCGAUGCGGGACGACCACGCAUGUAGGCUCAAGUAUGGCAAGGACUGGGACAAGUACUGCAAGCUGGUCCGAUGGCGCAUCAUCCCUUUCCUAUACUGA